AUGGAUAUCACUACUGGAAGUGGUAAGGUAUUGACAGGCCCUCCUGUGGGUAAGCCUGUCAUUGAUAUUGUAGCUAAUGAUAUUGAAAAAGUAGCGAUUUACCAUCUAGUAGAGUCUGGGAAAUCAGAUGAGGUCAUUGAUGACACACCAUCCAACAGUGAGCAGGUUGAUGGGUUGGAGAAGAAUAAGGGAAAGGAAGCUGAAGUAGUGAUUACCACUCUUCCAAAACCACCUCCUCCAUUUCCUCAUCAGUUGAAGAAGAAGGCCGACAACACAAAGUUCAACAAAUUCAUGGCUUUGCUAAAGCAGUUAACGAUUAAUCUACCACUGGUGGAGGCAUUAGAGCAAAUGCCCGGGUAUGCAAAGUUCAUGAAAGACCUCAUCACAAAGAAGCGGUUGGUUAGUUUUAAGCUGAUGGACAAUAUUUAUCAUUGUGGUUCUAUUUCCACAAGGUCUCUGGUACAAAAAAAGGCAUAUUUGAGAGCAUUUACUAUCCCAUGCACUGUUAGACCUCUUGAUUUUGCAAAACCUCUGUGCGACUUGGGAUCUAGCAUCAAUCUGAUGCAGCUAGCUAUUUAUAAGAAGUUAGGUUUAGAAGACCCCACACCUACUAAUAUGCGACUUGUGAUGGCGGAUUGGUCGGUCAAUCAACCUAUUGGUAUUUUGUAUGAUGUGCAGGUUGAAUGA